GUCAGUUCUUCAUCAUUCAGGCGCGUAGCGGCCAUCUUCCUUCAGCUCGAGACGAGACGACUGUUCCCUCAGACAUGUCCGACUACUCCAGCGUGGCUCCGCCGUCCUCAAACUCCGGUGGAGGGAUGAAUGAUGCUUUUAAAGACGCCCUUCAGAGGGCCAGACAAAUUGCGGCGAAAAUAGGAGGUGAUGGGGUUGCUCCCCCUCCAACCGCCAAUGAAUUUGGAUAUGGAGGACAGAAAAGACCCCUUGAAGAUGCAGAUCAACCAGAAACCAAAAAAAUUCCACCGAGUGACCCUUUUUCUGCUGUAAUGGGAGGAAUGGGAGGAAUGGGUGGCCCACCAAGGACUUUAUCAGAGGAGUUCAAAGUUCCAGAUGGCAUGGUUGGCUUCAUCAUUGGUAGGGGAGGAGAACAGAUAUCAAGAAUGCAGCAGGAAUCAGGGUGUAAAAUACAGAUUGCUCCAGACAGUGGUGGCAUGCCGGAGAGGUCAGUGACGUUAACAGGCUCACCUGAUUCCAUCCACGCAUAUCAGCGGCAGCGCUGCCACCUACUGAAUCAACAGCCAGGAGCUGCAAAGAGGUUACUGACAGAAAUUGUAGAGAAAGGCAGACCCUCCCCAGCUUUCCACCACAAUGAUGGCCCAGGAAAUUCCAUUCUGGAGAUCAUGGUCCCUGCCUCCAAAGCAGGCCUGGUCAUCGGAAAGGGGGGAGAAACAAUCAAACAGUUACAGGAACAAGCUGGAGUCAAAAUGGUUAUGAUUCAAGAUGGGCCACAAAACACAGGUGCUGAUAAACCACUCAGGAUCUCUGGAGAUCCUUUUAAAGUUCAGCAAGCCAAAGAUAUGGUAAUGGAUCUGAUUAGAGAUCAGGGAUUCCGGGAACAAAGAGGAGAGUAUGGUUCAAGGAUAAGUGGAGACAGUCUGGAUGUCCCUGUGCCAAGGUUUGCAGUGGGAAUUGUGAUUGGCAGGAGUGGUGAAAUGAUCAAGAAGAUUCAGAAUGACACUGGUGUAAGGAUUCAGUUCAAACCAGAUGAUGGCACCACACCAGAGAGGAUCGCUCAGAUCAUGGGGCCUCCAGACAGGGCACAGCAUGCAGCAGACAUCAUAACUGACUUACUGAGGAGUGUGCAGACUGGAGGGCCUCCAGGGCAUGGAGGCAGAGGGAGGGGCCGUGGACAGGGAAAUUGGAACAUGGGUCCCCCAGGAGGUCUGCAGGAAUUUAAUUUCACAGUCCCUACUAUGAAGACGGGCCUCAUUAUUGGCAAGGGGGGUGAAACAAUUAAGAACAUUAGCCAACAGUCUGGAGCCAGGAUAGAGCUGCAGAGAAACCCUCCACCUAAUUCAGACCCAAAUAUAAAGAUGUUCACAGUGCGCGGAUCACCCCAACAGAUUGACUACGCCAGACAACUGGUUGAGGAGAAGAUUGGAGGCCCAGUUAGCCCUAUGGGUGGCCCUCAUGGUCCUCCUGGGCCCCAUGGAGGUCCUUCACAUGGCCCACCUGGCCCACCAGGAGCUCCUGCCCAAAUGGGCCCAUAUAAUCCUGGACCCUAUGGCCAGGGCCCUCCAGGACCACAUGGUCCUCAAGCACCAUACCAGCCUCAAGGCUGGGGCAAUGGAUACCCGCAUUGGCAGCAAGGACAGCCAGAUCCCAAUAAAGCAGCGGCUGAUGCUAAUGCCGCCGCUUGGGCAGCCUAUUAUUCCCAGUACCAGCAGCAGCCCCAGGGCCCCAUGACACCCACAGCAGCUGCCCCAGGCACAACCCAAACCAACGGACAGGGUCAAGGACAGCCUCAGCAGGACUACACCAAGGCAUGGGAAGAGUACUAUAAGAAACAAGGUCAAGCUGCCCCUCAGGCGGCAGCUGCAGCAGUGGCGUCUCAGCCAGGAGGUCAGCCAGAUUACAGUGCAGCGUGGGCGGAGUAUUACCGCCAACAGGCAGCGUACUAUGGUCAGGGUACCCCUCAGUCAAUGGGAGCUGCUCCCCAGGCUCAGCAGGUACACUACCAAUAAACUCGCACAUCUCUCUCUUUCCUUUUAUUGCGUUUGGAACUCUUAACUUAAAUGCCAUUUGGUAGAUGUGCAUGUGUACCCAACACCCCCCCAUCCCCCUCUCUCUUUUUUUUUAAUUUUACUUCCACAGGUUUAGCAGGUUUCCAGAUGAGUCAUCAAAGCAACACUUAACCAAACUCUUUCCUCCUCCAGCAGGCUUCUUUUUAUUUAUUUUUAAUUUUUAUUUUGGGAGGAUGAUGCAUUAAUGUUUCUGCUCUUAACAUGUUGUGUAUUUCUUAUGUAUUUCUUCUGCACAGGGCCAGUAAUGUGAAGUGGACAUAAAGUAAAUGCUACAUUGUCAGAAAAAAACCUUUGUUAAAUGUUUGGAUGCAGACGCCAUGAAGAUCUUAAUUUCAUUGGUCUGAUUGUUUAGAUCACAGAUCGGCUCAAGUAUAUAUAUAUAUAUAUAUAUAUAAUUUUUUUUUUCCUUUUUUCCUUGUUUUUUGCCACUCUUGUAAAUGAACGGUUUGUUUUUAGUCAGGUAAUAUUGGUCAUUCCAGCUCCUGUAUCUCAUGUAUCUCACUAUGUAGUUUAAGACUAAACGAUAGUAAUUUACAUGUAAAUCAUCUCAGUUUUAAUAUGAUAUGCAUGUUGUGUUUUGCAAUAAAACAAAAUGAAACCUCCUGUGUUGGUAAGUGGGGUGCAAAGGUGGGGAAUAUUUUGUAAAUUUUAUUUCCUGUUUUAGGACAGGGUGGGGGUGUUAUGUCUGAAGGCACAGAUAUUUCUCUCUCUCUCUCUCUCUCUCUCUCUCUCUCUCUCUAAAUUUAAAGAAUUGAAAUUUUGCUCUCCUGGGGUUUUUUUUUUUUGGUUUUUUU